CUGUUCUAAGAGGAUGCAAAACCCUUGACCUCUGUCUGGACAGUGCUGACUGGCCCUUUGCUGAUCGCAUGCACUCUCCCAAGCAAAAAAAAACUUCUCUAGCAAUGCACACCAAACUGAGCAUGUGCAGAAUGGCUAUGGGUUCAGUCUGUCUUAUGAGUAGAAGAGGAGGAUCAGAGAAGACAAGAUCAAACUGCCUUUUUACGCAAUGCAGAGAAAUAAUCCCUUAGGUUCCACAGUGAGUAUAACAAGCAUGCUUUACUGCAUAUACAGACUGAUUUUACUGUUGUGGGUUUAG